UUUUGUUUUAUCGUCAUAGAGAUUAUUUAAACAAAAUGUCAGACACCAUUGCUUCUUGAUUCAAAAACAUAACAGAAAGACAAAACAGCUAUAUACUAUAUAGUCUUUAAUUGUUCACUUUUUUAAAACCAUCUUUAAGGCUAUUGUCUACUUAAAGCAAAACUUCUGAAAGAUUCAAAAUAAAGUAGAAAAUGGGAGAAAAAGGUGGAAAAUCUGACAUGGAGAGGGUGGGAUUGUUUAAAGAAAUGGAUUAUGUGACAGUUGGAGAUCCUUAUAAAACACCAGGGCAGGGAGUUUUUAAUGAGCCAGCUGGCAAAGGCAAACAGAUGAUCCCUGGAGGAACCAAAGAAAAAUCUGCUAAGAGUGAUGGCUAUUUUGCAGAUUUUGGACGUGUUUUUGAAGGGGAGUCAUAUUCUGAUCCAGUAAAAUUAAGAAGACAACAUAGAAUGUCUGAAAGCAAAAAAAAUUUGUCAAAGGCAUUUGUGCCAACUAAUGGUUAUAGAACAAUGAAUGGGCUUGGAACAUUCUAUGGCACACUAGGUGGAGUAGUCCCAGCAUUAAGUCCAGCAACAUCAGGUGGUGGUAGUAAAAGAGAGCCUUUAAAAAAUAUAUUGACCAACCCAGGAAAAAAAGGAACCGGAUAUGGCUAUGCAAAUAUUUGUUUGAAUCCAUAUCCGCCACACAGUGAAGAUGAUUAUAACAAAGGCAUUUCAAUGUACAAGCAAGAACUUCAAAAACACAAAGCUGCACUAAAAGCAGGUGCAUUUAGACUGAAUAUGCAUCCCUCAGAUUAUUUUAAUGGUAAUCCAUACAGAUCAGAUGUGGCUGCCCCUGCAGCAAGAAAAUGGGCAGGUGAUUUGCCUGCCAAACCAAUAACAACUCCAUUUCGCCCAAGUAAUCCUGGAAAGCAUUUGGCUGGAAUGAAAGCUGGCACAUUUGACCCUUACCCCUCACACUCUGCAGACCCAUACGGCAUCAAGUACAAACGACCUGUGAAUGUUGUGAACAAAUUUGGAAAGACUUUUGUACCUCCCCCUGGACCUAAAUCCACGCCUUGCAAUUCAAUUAUAAAUCAAAAUAUUAUGAGAUCUGUUAACAGCACUAAUUAUAGAUCUAUCACUGUGCUUUGAGUUGUCUGACAUAAUGAAAUUCAUCAAGAACGCAAGCCCUGUUUUGAAGACUCAACAUCCAAACAUCUUUAGCAAAAGAAACUAUCAUAGUGUUAUUAAUUACUUAUAAUUAGCCUAUUCUUAUAUGCCAUUGAAAUAAAGUUGCCUGAAAACAUUUAUUAAAAUAAGAAUAAGAAAAAUAAUUUUAAAAUAUGUUAAGCAGAAUGAUAUACAGACCAGUAUCAAAAUUAAAGAAAAUGAGAAUUCAACAAUGCAUUGUUAAGUAAUGUAUUGUCAUAAUUAAAUUGCUAAUUAAUUUUAUAAUUAUUUUUUAUUUGUAUGUAUUUCCACACGUUUUUUAAUGAUUUUUACUUCUUUUAUUUUUGAUAUUUCUUAUUACAAUUUAGUUGAUGAGCAUUGCUUAUAACAGAGUGGAUUUUUUUUUUCAUGUUAAAUUUACUUAGCUUGUUGUGUAUAGCAAUAAAAAAAGUUCAUUAGCGUAUUCUUUAAAUGUUAAUUUAAAUUACACUGUAUCAUUACUGUUUGCAUACAAAUCUAAUAAAUUCCUAAAAAGUAAAUACCAGUCAAUUAAGCCUAUUGAAUAACAGGUUUUUAUACAAAAUGUUUUCCAUGUGACAUUUUAGCCUUUUGAACUAAAGCCUGUUUUCAAAAGUGUCCAUGUUUAAAUGUCAAAGGUUGCAGAAUAAAUGAAGAAUAAACGUUCUCUUAGAUUAAUUGUAAAAAAAAAUUAAGGUACCCGGUAUUAAUAAAGUUUCUCUUCCUAUGGUCCACGGUCAACGAGGGUGUCACGUGGCCAGCACAGAAAUAGAUGACCUUUACAUCAUCUGCCCCAUAGAUCGCAAGGUCUGAACGGGAACUUUUUUACUUUUUAUUAAUAAAGUUGAACUUUUUUUUUUUGUUCAUAUUAUUGUUAAAACAAAAAAACUAUUUGUGUAUUGAAUGUUACUUCAUUUAUUGAUAGAAGUUGUGAUAUAAUGUCAAUAAAAAUGAUCUCCAUGACAUGA